AUGAGCGACCAACCCGCGGAGGCCUCCAGCCAGGAUGCAUCCAAGGCGCCGAUCUUCGGCUCGCAGUUCAAGUUCGGGCAGCAGCAAGGCUUCUCAGGCUUCUCGGGCGUGAGCCCGGUGGAGGAGCCCAAGGCGGCCGACGACGGCGAGGAGCCCGCCGGCGAGGAGGAGUGCCAGGCGGAGUUCAAGCCCGUCGUGCAGCUGGCGGAGGUGCAGACCACCACGGGCGAGGAGGACGAGGAGGUGGCGCUAGAGCACAAAGCGAAGUUGUACCGAUUUGAUGGUGAGUGGAAGGAGAGAGGUGUGGGCAUGGCCAGGAUCUUGAAGCACAAGCAGACAGGGAAAUAUCGGCUGCUGAUGCGAGAGGAAAAGACGUUGAAGGUCCGAGCCAACCACCACAUUUUGCCAACAGCAAAGCUGCAGGAACACACAGGAAAUGAGAAGGCCUGGGUCUGGAGCACAAUGGACUUUGCAGAGGAGGAGCAGAAGAAUGAGAAGUUCUGCAUCCGCUUUGGGACGAUAGAGAAGGCGCAGGAAUUCAAAAAGGUGUACGAGGUGGCGCAGGAAGCCAAUGCUACCCUCUUCCCCAAAGCCAAAAAGCCCAAGGAGGAGUCGGCAGAAGCUGCCGCAGUCAAGGACCUGUCCAAGCAACUGGAAGAGAAGGCCAAGGUGGAGGGCUGA